GUGGUCCCUGGUCACCCAUGGCUCCUUGCGGGCAGGGUGUGUGCGGUCAAAGAUGUAGACUCAGGUGAGGAGUUAGGGUGAGGGAGGGUCUGGAGACCCCGCAGAGGGCACCAGGAGCCAGACAGCCUGGCAGAGCUGCGUCUGGGGAGGCCGGUGGGCUUGCCCUGCACACCUGCUGUUGUCGCGCACCCUUGUCUUACGUGAGGCGGCCGAUAGCCGGGACCCCAGCCUGUGGCCAGCCGUCCUGCAGGCACUUCCUAAUGUUCUGAGCAAGUGUCCUCCAUCGAUGGUCCCAGACACCCGUCCUCCGGGCUUCCUGGCCUACUGUGUGCACCUGGCCCAGUCAGGUCACGUGGGCCAGGAGGAUGGCGGGGAUAGGCCGUGUGGGACUGCUCUUCCCCAGAAAGCCCCCGAGUCCACCGCUGCCAGCCCGCACCACCUGGCUGCCUCUGGCCACCAUUCUUGGCUCUGCGGGGUUUUCCUCGAGGAUCUGUAUUGCUGUGUGUGGCCUUGCUGAGCAGAGCUGUCAGCCCCUCUUUUGGGACAAUAGGUCAUGGACAUUUUCCUUUGACUUUUGUGUUGUUUUGCAUCCUUGAAAUUGUCUUCAGGGCUGUGUACUUUGGCUAGAAAGUGGCUGGAAAGUCAGUUCCUUAUUUGACCCAGUGUUCAUAACAACAUUAACAUCUGUGCUGUGGACUGUGACUUGCUUUGCUCUAGAAACUGAGAAUUUGCAGUUGGGGAAUUUGUGGUUGAGGAACUCUUGAGGCCCCAUAAUUCAAAUAAGAUUGGGCAAGCAAGACUUCCACCAGGCACAAGAGAGCCAGGAUGUUCCCGCGGCCACAAGUAGGGCAGCGCCUUGUGCGGUCCCCCUGGCGUUUGGACCCUCUCCAUGAGCUGCUGGCUGUGGCACAUCUGGUGCCCGGUCUUCCCCUCCCUCCUCCAGUAGAAGCUUCCCAGGUCUCCGCCUCUGCUGUGGUCUCAGCAAGUGGAAGCUCCUUGUGCCUUCACUGGCUUUCUGAACAGCGAGUCCGCAAGGCACAGCUUCCUCCUGGUGUGUGCUGAUUCUUGACACUUCCUCAGGAAACACAGAGUGCCUGUCCGAGGCCGCUGGUCUCAGCAGCAGGAAACAGCGGGGUGUUAGGGGCAGGGACGGAGGGGAUGUUGGAAGGCAGGCAUCUCUAGUGGCCUGUCAGUGCGUCCGAGGAGGAAGCCCCGGUGCAGACUGCCUUCUCUCGUGUGACGCUUGUGGCCUCAGGCUUGGUCUUACAGCCCCAACUCUGCCACUUCCACUUAGCACUGCUGCAAAGCAGGCCGAAGCCUUGGCCGUCCCCUGCCGCCUUCUUCCAGAGAAACCUCAGGGUCCCGCCUACAAGAUGGUCCUUGAGACCCCAGCCCCUGUGGAAGAAGGCGUUCUCGGCCACUGUGUUGGGGGUGCCCCUGCUCCUGGGAGUGCGGUAUUUCACAGCUGAGCCGCAGGAGAGGAGGAGGAUGCGACUCACGGUGGACGGCAUCGGGCGCUUCAGCAGGUCUUUGAGGGUCGGCCUGCAGAUCUCCCUGGACUACUGGUGGUGCACAAAUGUCAUCCUACGAGGGGUGGAAGAGAACAGCCCGGGGUACCUGGAGGUGAUGUCUGCGUGUCACCAGCGGGCAGCCGAAGCCCUGGUGGCUGGGGCCAUCAGCAAUGGGGGCCUUUAUGUGAAGCUGGGCCAGGGGCUAUGCUCCUUCAACCACCUGCUGCCCCCUGAGUACAUCAAGACGCUGCGGGUGCUGGAGGACAGGGCUCUCACGCGUGGCUUUCAGGAGGUGGACGAGCUAUUCCUUGAGGACUUCCAGGCCCCACCCCACGAGCUCUUCCAGGAGUUUGACUACCAGCCCGUCGCCGCAGCGAGCCUGGCCCAGGUGCACCGUGCCACCCUGCACGAUGGCACUGCUGUGGCCGUGAAGGUGCAGUACAUCGACCUGCGGGACCGCUUCGACGGCGACAUCCACACCCUGGAGCUCCUGCUCCGGCUUGUGGAGCUCAUGCACCCCAGCUUCGGCUUCAGCUGGGUCCUGCAGGACCUGAAGGGGACCCUGGCCCAGGAGCUGGACUUUGAGAACGAGGGCCGCAACGCUGAGCGCUGUGCACGGGAGCUGCAGCACUUCCGCUACGUGGUGGUGCCCCGCGUGCACUGGGACACAUCUAGCAAGCGUGUGCUGACCGCGGAAUUCUGCGAGGGCUGCAAGGUCAACGACGUGGAGGCCAUCAAGACCAUGGGGCUGGCGGUGCAGGACGUCGCAGCGAAGCUGAUCCAGGCUUUCGCCGAGCAGAUAUUUUAUACGGGCUUCAUCCACUCCGACCCCCACCCUGGCAACGUUCUGGUGCGGAAAGGCCUGGAUGGGAAGGCCGAGCUGGUGCUGCUGGACCACGGGCUGUACCAGUUUCUGGAUGAGAAGGACCGGUCCGCCCUGUGCCAGCUGUGGAGAGCCAUCAUUCUGAGGGAUGAGGCUGCCAUGAAGACACAUGCAGCCGCGCUCGGGGUGCAAGACUACUUCCUGUUCUCCGAGGUGCUUAUGCAGCGGCCUGUGCGCCUGGGGCAGCUGUGGCACUCACACCUGCUGAGCCACAAGGAGGCGGCCUACAUGCAGGACAUGGCGCGGGAGCACUUCGAGGACAUCAUGGCUGUGCUCAAGGCCCUGCCGCGCUCCAUGCUGCUUGUGCUGCGCAAUGUCAACACCGUGCGCGCCAUCAACACUGCCCUGGGUGCCCCUGUUGACCGCUACUUCCUCAUGGCCAAGAGUGCGGUCAGGGGCUGGAGCCGCCUGGUGGAUGCAGGAUGCCAAAAUGUCUACGGUGCCAGUGUUCUGCGCCACAUCAGGGUCGUCUGGGAGACCUUCAAGUUUGAAGUGGCCCUGAGGCUGGAGACCCUGUCGAUGCGGCUCACAGCCUUCCUGGUUCGAGUCCUGGUCCACCUGGGCCUCAUGCCCAAAACUGAAGGGCUGUUUGAAUACCUGGAGACCUAGGGAGCCUGGGACAGGAGGACUGCAGAGCUUGCCGGGCCGCAGGCUGACUAAGCUGGCUGGGCCAGAGGCAUGGAUACCCAACACCUGAGUGCACUGGAAUGACCGGGGCCUGGGGCCGGGGGAUGCCCUGGGGCUGUGCAAUGACACACGCUCUUUUCAAAUCAAACAAA